UUAAAACACCACAUUAAACUCAACAAAACUACACAAAAAGCUUAUUAGUACUAUAGAGUCAGGUGAAAACAUGAGGAUUCUGGGAUUGGUUUUGGUUUGUGCCAUGUCCCUCCUCACUGUAGGGACGUUGGCGCAGGUCCAGUCCCUUAUCUCAAAGCAAACGUUUGAACAGAUGCUUAAGCAUCGCAACGACGCAGCCUGCCCUGCCAAAGGCUUUUACACCUACGAAGCUUUCAUUCAGGCUGCUAAGGCCGAUCCCGCGUUUGGAUCAACCGGCAACACUGACACACGUAAAAGAGAGAUUGCUGCCUUUCUGGCUCAAACUUCUCAUGAAACUACUGGUGGAUGGCCAACUGCCCCUGAUGGACCAUAUGCGUGGGGAUACUGCUUCAAACAGGAAAAGGGCAACCCGGGAGCUUAUUGCCAGCCAAGCCAACAGUGGCCUUGUGCUCCCGGCAAGAAGUACUAUGGUCGUGGUCCUAUCCAACUUUCCUACAACUUCAACUAUGGUCCAGCUGGGAAAGCCAUAGGAGCGAAUCUACUAAACAACCCUGAUUUGGUGGCCAAUAACGCGGUGAUUUCCUUCAAGACCGCCCUCUGGUUCUGGAUGACACCCCAGUCCCCUAAGCCAUCAUCCCACGACGUCAUCACCGGCAGAUGGACUCCAUCGGCGGCAGACAAAGCCGCCGGCCGUGUCCCCGGCUACGGUGUGAUCACCAACAUCAUCAACGGUGGGAUUGAAUGUGGAAAAGGGUCUAUUACUGCCCAGCAACAGGAUAGGAUUGGAUUCUACAAGAGAUAUUGUGACAUUCUUAAAGUUGGGUAUGGGAACAAUCUUGAUUGUGCUAACCAGAGGCCUUUUGCUUAGGAUCCCAAAUCUCAAUUUCCUAAUAAUGUUACUAAUAAUGAACCUUUGAAUAAGCAGGCUUGCUUCUAAGUUAUAAUAUAAUAAUGUAAUAAUAAUGUGUACGGUGUACCUGAGAAUUCGGUGAAAAUAAUUCUCGAAUAAAUGUGUUAGUUUUA